AUGAGACUGGAUCCACCAGAAUGUGCAAAAUCCAUUUAUUCAUUCACACAAAUGUUUGUGAGUGCCUACAGUAUGUGCUGUGUUAAGGACCCAGGAUACAGAGCAUCAUUCACUCUUCUUCUUCUUUUUAAUGUUUUGUAGAGAAAGUCUGUGAUUGCAGUGAGCUUCAUAGCAGCAUUUCUCUUCCUGCUGGUGGUGCGCCUUGUAAAUGAAGUGAAUUUCCCAUUGCUACUAAACUGCUUUGGACAACCUGGUGCGAAAUGGAUACCAUUCUCCUAUACAUACAGGCGGCCCCUUCGAACUCACUAUGGAUACGUAAAUGUGAGGACACAAGAGCCUUUGCAACUGGACUGUAAUCUUUGUGCCAUCGUGUCAAACUCAGGUCAGAUGGUCGGCCAGAAGGUGGGGAAUGAGAUAGAUCAGUCAUCCUGCAUUUGGAGAAUGAACAAUGCACCCACCAAGGGCUAUGAAGAGGAUGUUGGCCGCAUGACAAUGAUUCGUGUCGUAUCCCAUACCAGCGUUCCUCUUUUGCUGAAAAACCCUGAUUAUUUUUUCAAGGAAGCAAACACUACUAUUUAUGUUAUUUGGGGCCCUUUCCGCAAUAUGAGGAAAGAUGGCAAUGGCAUUGUGUACAACAUGUUGAAAAAGACUGUUGACAUCUAUCCCAAUGCCCAAAUUUAUGUGACCACAGAGAAGCGCAUGAGUUACUGUGAUGGAGUGUUUAAGAAGGAAACUGGGAAAGACAGAGUCCAGUCUGGCUCUUAUCUCAGCACGGGGUGGUUCACCUUCAUUCUGGCCAUGGAUGCCUGUUACGGCAUUCACGUCUACGGGAUGAUAAAUGACACCUACUGCAAGACAGAAGGGUAUAGAAAAGUCCCCUACCAUUACUAUGAACAAGGAAGAGAUGAAUGUGAUGAAUAUUUUCUUCAUGAACAUGCCCCAUAUGGGGGGCAUAGGUUUAUCACUGAAAAGAAAGUGUUUGCUAAAUGGGCCAAGAAACACAGGAUAAUAUUUACACACCCAAACUGGACAGUGUCUUGA